AUGCUCAGAAAGCUCCACUCCAUCUUUCACUCCGGGCCGCAGAGGAAGGCGGAGGUGGCCGAGAGCCCUUACUACGACUGUGCCAGCCCCGCGGUGAGGCUGAUCCGCAGCAGCUCCAUGUACGUGGUCGGGGACCACGGGGAGAAGUUCAGCGAGUCCUUAAAGAAAUACAAAAGCGCCAGCAGCAUGGACACCAGCCUGUACUACCUGCAGCAGGAGGGGGACCGGGCGUGGAUGUACUCGCGCACCCAGGACUGCCUUCAGUACUUACAGGAGCUGCUGGCCUUGCGCAAAAAGUACCUGAGCAGCCUCAGCGACCUGAAGCCCAGCCGCACGCCGGGCAUCUCCUCCACCUCCUCGAAAUCCUCCAGGGGAGGAAAGAAGUCCGCCUCCAAAGAAAUAAAGAAAGCAACGCCCAAGAAGCACUCGCAGUUCAGCGCGGAUGUGGCGGAGGCCAUCGCCUUCUUUGACUCCAUCAUGGCAGAGCUGGAUACGGAGAAGCGGCCGUGGGCUGCUGAGGUUGACCUGCAGAACAAAGACGUGGACUUCGAUGUGGCCACCAGCUCCCGGGAGCACAGCCUGCACUCCAACUGGAUCCUGCGGGUGCCCCGCCGAUGCUCCGAGGACAUCGCUGGGCACACGACAGCCGGCCAGUUCCGGAGGAGCACGGAGCGCAGGGCCUUCGGCACCCAGAAGAGGCUCGAAAGGCGGCCCAUUUACUUGCCCAAGGCUGUGGAAGGGGCCUUCAGCACGUUGAAAUUUAAGCCCAAAGCCUGCAAAAAAGACCUGGUGAGCUCCAGACAGAUCCUCUUCAACUUCUCGGGGGAUGACACGGACGGGGACGCAGAGCUCUUUGCACUGGAGCCCCUGGCAGCCCCGGGGGAGGACCACUACGAGACAGAGAACCCCAGAGGGCAGUGGCUGCUUCGGGAGAGACUCUGGGAACGAACAGUGCCCUGA